UUAAACGAAAAGAAAAGCAAACUACAGAUGGAAAUAAAUAUAUAUAUAUAGCAUAUAUAUAUACAUAUAUAUUGAGAAUAUGAACAAUAUAAAUUGUAUAGAUUAUUGCAAAUUGUCAUAGAAGAGCGACUAAAAUAGUGAGAGAGAACGUGUAAAAUAAAUAUUUAAACAAAUUAUAUAUACACAUGCAUCUAUAUAUAUCUAUAUAUAUAUAAAUAGAAGAAGCAGCAGAAGAAAUUCAAUGAUAUAUUAUAUAUUAUAAAAUAUAUAUAUUAUUCAUACAGUAAAUUGGUCAAAAACGAAACGGAUGAAGAAAAACAAGCGAAAAAAACGUAUCAUUAAAAAACAAAACAAAAAAUUAAAGCAAAAAAUACAACAAAAAAACAUUUUCAAAAAAAAACAAAAAUUACAACAAAAUUUGUUUUUAUUUCGGUUAAUUUUGGUUACAACAAUUGGCUUAAAUCAUACACCCCUCCCUCAGCAAAACCUUUUCCCGAAUUUGAAGAACUUUGGUUGGUGAAGCGUUACGAUACACCUGCAACCUCUACCCUAAGUCCCUUCUCACUUUAUUCCCCUACCACAACAAAGCAAUAAAAGAGAGUGAAAGCGAUCGGAAGAAAGAGUUAGAGAGCGAGAGCGAGAUUUUCAAUCUUAAGAACAUAACCAUAGGUUUCUAAACCAAAAUGUAAAAUACUACAAACCACAAAACGUACUACCAAAUCUUUAUUUUAUCCCUAUUUUUGUGCUGCAGUACCUAAAAUAAAAAACCAACAAAAGGAGGAUAAGUGAGAAGAGAGAUCAAUGCGAACCAGAGAGUGUAAAUGGAGAGAACCCAAAAAAAUACACACAUUUUUCCAUAAUUAUUGCUACGAAAUAAAACCAUAUGAUGAUUAGUUAGUUCGAUUUUUUUGUAUCCAGAUGCAGUGCGUUUCCGCAGAAGAAGAUAAUGCCAAAACGAUUUGAUUAUAUCGCGAGAAUUGAGCUUACCGCCCCAUACUCUGAGAUACCCAACAAUUACGGAUCCCUAACCGUUAAUGUACUCACAUAUAAUAUUUGUCUACUCUUAUUCGAUGAUUAGAUGCGAGUCAAUGGGAGAGGAGAUGAUAACUGACUUGACUUUGAUAUCUGGCAUUCAAUUGGUGUCCUUAUUCAAUGGUAGCGCUUACGCAAUUAUAGUCUCGAAACGCACUGUGUACAUCAUUUGUAGAUCGUUUAUAUUUUGGUAAUUUUUGUAAUGCAACCAGAAAACUAAAUGAAAAAUGAAUGAAAAACGAUAAAAAACCGAAGAUCUAUCAGAUAGAAAAAGUGCCUAGAGAACCAGUAGAAGUUUAGAUGAAUAUAAAAAAAAAAACAACAAAAAACGAAAACAAAAACAUCCAUGUGGUAUAUUUGAUCAUUUAUCUGUCAUCGUUAUGGAUCAAAACGCCAGGGCCAAGUGUAUACGAUUUAUUUCAUAUAUAGAUUGUGUUUAACAAUGAUCGAAUGGAUGUUAAUUGCGUUUAAGUGCACUUUAGAUUCCAAGGAAAAAUUGUUUCGUGUUCAAUUUGUGUUUAAAUCAAUCCUUUUAGUUAUGGGAAAUUUUUUAGUCCAAACAUUAGGUCGAUUACGGCCCACAUAAAUCUAAUUAUUAUACAGUAUACAAUUACCUACAGAUAUAUAUACAUACAUACAUACAUACAUACAUGCGUACAUAUAUGUAUGUGUAUAGUUAAUAAUUAUACAUUAAAUUAACUCCAAUUGUAUAUUGAUAAAGUCGAGAGCCGAGAGUCGAUCGAUCCUUUUAUCCAAGUUCAAUCUCUAGGGGUGCUAGACUGAGUUAUACAUAUAUUGUAUUGUAUUGUAUUGUAUUGUAAGAAAUGAAGCCUAAUCGAGAAUUCUUAAACGUAAACAAACGUAAACGUAAUUCAAUUACCUUGCAAAGUAUCAAAUACACUAACUAAUAUGGGUAAUAGGUUACCUAUAUUAACUCUAUAUUGUAUAUCCAGUACUUGCCAUACCACGACCCGAUCCGACCCGACCCGUUGAUACUCGAUUGAAUACUCGAUAUAUAUAUACAUACAUAUAUAUUUAUAUUUAUAUAGAUUGUAAGCGAGGAGAAGUAUUAUGCAUACAUAUACACCCCUCCCCCAUCUAAGUAAAAACAAAAAACAAAAAAAACAUCCCCCAUAUGAAAUUAUCGCCUAAAUGGUACUCUAACCAAGGGAUCCCCUUUGGUUGGAUUAGUACCAAUCCCCCCGUAUUGUUAAGAAGAGCGGAGAUGGCCCGUAACAAAAUCGAGAAAUGAAUUCCGGAACUGCAACGUUGUAUUUUUGCUGCACAAGAAAUGAGGAAAGGGAAAUGACAAGAGAACUCAGAGAAUAGCCGGGAGAAACUAAACUAAAUGACAAAACUAAAGUUCGUUACACUAAAAGACGCAUUCGCGCUGUUUGAAAAAUCCCCCUCAAAUAUCAAAGAAUUCCCCAAAAAGUAAACAUGGCACACGUUUGUUAAUUCAAAAAUUAAGGUAUGAGACAUUUGUAAAGGAACUGAGGCAAGUGGAACGAGUGAGAGAGUGUUGAUUGAAAUAAAAAGUGAAGCGAAAAAGCGAAAGAAAGAGAAACGAGAAGUGACUGUCAUUUGAAUUUCAAAUUGGGCGGGCAACCGAGUCAACCAGCAGUUAGCUUUGUGUCGGCCACAGCGCAUGUUAGAGCGGGACAACUAUAUGACAUAUGUGUUGAGGUCGGUGCCAUAGCAGUCAAAUAUUUUCUUGAUGCUUUUAGUGUUGGGUAAUUUGCCAAUGACAAGAUUCUAGAGUUGGGCAACGUGCACCUUGUUUGCCCACUCCAGAUGGCCAAAUACCGAAGUAGAAAAGAAAUACGUUACAUUAGCCGCAGAAUAGCCAACCACAUUUUGGAUAAUUGUGUUCCUUGCGGGGGGAAUCGCAAAUUGAUUUCAAAAACUUAUAAAUUCUGUCAGUCUGGCAUCAAGGCAUUUGGCAUGUUUCAAAAUGGAAAUAAGGCACGCCGUGUGGACAUUUAAGGCUGUUGUGCCUGUCGUUCUAUGCGGCUAUAUCUGUGGCAUUGUUUUAACUCUCGUAUGGUAUGAAUGGCAUCCCUCGCUGCGCAGGCAAGACCUCAAACCGCGAUGGCUGACAAUUGUGGGCCUGGCGUUGCUCUUCAUUGUUCUCUUCUAUGGCCGUCCCGUCAGGUGCAUACUGACUCUGGCCAUUCCUUCGUUGUGCAGCUCACGCGGUCGCGCUUUUCUGAUAGCCCUGGCGUUCUUUCUGGCGGCCAUUGGGCCGACUGCCAAUAUCCUCGCCAAUCUGAAGGUGAUGCUGCGCAGCUUGGCCUGCGGCCAAGAGCUGCUGCGACAGGCACUGGGCCAAAUGAUGGAUGUAUUGUUAGAACCAGCGAAAUCCAUUAAAAUGGCCAUAGACCUGAUGUUGGACGAGGUGCGUCGUGUGCUCAGGCAAGUAAUGGAUACCCUACUGCGCAUCCAAGAGUACCUGAUCAUCAUCAUUGGAACCCUCAAGAACUGUUUGGCCUGGCUGCAAUCCAUUGUGGAUAUGUGCAACGAAGAGAUGGACACACCGUGGGCACGCUGCAAACAGGCUGCCCUUCGCGCCAUGACCAAGUGUCAGGAAAAUCUGGGCAUCUUCAAGCCACUCUGUCAUGCGGCCAAAGUGUUUCUCGCCCUGUGCUAUCCCGCAAAGAUCAUAGAUGUCUUUUGCAGCGGCUUCUGGGAUGUGCAUUGGGAGUUGCUUGACAAUGUUAUGGAGCAGUACCAUGUGUUUGUGGGCCAUAUCAGGAAAAUGUUCGAUGCGAAAAUCACCUUUGAACACGACUUCUAUUUCAAUACAAACUCCUCGCGGGAUCUCUCGGAGGUGGGUGAAGAGAUUGUCCAGGAUAUCAACAAGCGAUUGAGCCCAUUGAUGCUCAUGUUCGGCUGGCUGGACAUUCUCUGUUACAUCUUGAUUGUGGCAGUGUUUAUUAAGGCCAUCUACUUCUAUGUCCGCUACAUGCACAGUCUGGAGUAUAGGAAUGUUUAUUUAACCAAAUCUAUUUAUGCCAUCGACAUGCAGAGACAAACGCAUGGAGACGAGCUGCUGCUGCCCCUGAAACGACUCGAAAGGAGAAAGUACAUAGCGCUCACCAGUCCGCGUCUCACCUCCUCCGAGUGCCGGGAUAUUGUGGGGAGCACAUUUUUCAUGAUUUUUACUUCCCUGCAAUUGUUUUCCAUUUGCUUUCUGGACUACAGCCUGUUCUGGAUGCUGGCCACCAUGUCGUACUACGGCCAUCAGGAGUCCGGACUGGAGGUGCCCGGCUAUAUAGAUCUGCAGAUCAAAGGAGGAGGCUUUGUGGCUGAUAUAAUGCGAGGCAUUUCGAAUGGCUUUCGACCACUCACCCAAAAAACCGUCUUGGACACUAGUCAUUGUUUGCCUCUGCCUGUGGAGCCGAACUAUUGGAGAUAUGCUGAGAUAUUGGGAAUCUGCCUGUUUGCCUGGCUGAUCCUGCUGACGGAGCCGUAUUUGCUGCGCCUUCGUCAUGCCAUUAUGCGCUGCUUCUACCCGGAGAGGGACCAUGAGAGGGCCCUGUACCUGCACAAUAAGAUCUUAACCGAGCGCAUAAGCGUAUUUAAGUUCGCCCGUCGCCGGAUCCGAGCUGCCUUCAUGUACCAGGAUCACGAAGGGCACAUCAGUUGCCUCAACUGGCUGAGGGGCAAGCUGAAUCGGUGCUGCUGUUGUGCCUGCCUGCUGGGUGCCAUGACUGCUGAUGUCUGCAUCAUUUGCGCCAAGUCCUUGAGCUCCUCCACCCGCAUUAACUGCGACACCCUAGGCUGCAAAGGUGUCUACUGCCCGAUGUGUUUCAGCGAGUCCAACAACAAAUGCUGCCUGUGCCAUCGACCCAUAGAUUAUGGCGACUUAAGUGAUUUCUCUGAAGUGCAGGACUCUUCGGAUGACCCCGAGGCAGACUCUUUCACGCAGCAGCAAGCUAGAUUAUACAGCGAUGGAUACCGCAAGCAAAGAAGAGAAAAGCCACCAUAGAAUGUAUUUUUUUGAUGAUUUUCAUAAUAAAAACAGCCCAAUCAGCUGGU